AUUUCCGUGUAUUGAGCGCUCGUCAGAACUGCCGAAAUGUCUACAAACGGGUCUUUCCAGGCACAACUUUCUACAAUUAUGGAGACGCUGACGACGUCUGCCGUUGCAGAGAUUAUAAAACUGUUCGAUUACAGUUCUGCCCUUCUAUUCUCGGAGAUAUCCCGACAACAGGGAGAGAACGACGCUCUUCGGAAGGCAUUGCACUGUAUGCAAAUCGAGUUCGGGACCGAGAGACCAACGCGGGGCACCUCUUCUGUUGAUAUAUCUUUAGAAGUUCAGCUUUGCGACGUGAUCCAGAAUAAUAAAGCUGUGGGGGACCAGUGGUUUCCGGACAAGCAGUUGGUUGUGAGUGAGAGGCACUAUGGAGUGGACGCUGCCAUCGAAGUGGGAGAAACCAAUGCAUCGCAGCGAAGAAGGAAGUUGGUUAACACUCAUAUUUAUGGUGUCUGGUCCUUGAACUGCUGUAUGUCAAUGUUGGCCUAGCUACAUGGAUGGAGUAUUGUAUAAAUUAAUUAUAAGACUAGGAUGGUACAACGCCUCUCAUGAUGUUCUUGUUUUACCAAAUUGACCACUUUUUAGCAUUAACGGUAUAUUGACAACCAUUGAAUAGCGAGUGUAGCAGUACAUGUUUUCAUAUCACAUUAGAAACCGCCCUGUGUCAGAGAGAAAAGUAUUGAUCUAAAAUACGAAGUACCUGUCGGUCAGUGGCAGUCACUCGCCCAUGUUGUUCAGUUUGUGUCCACAUACAACGUUAGCUUUGGAGUGCAAUGGCUUGUAUGUUAUAGAAGUGGUAUAAUGUUAGUUUAAACGUUUAAACGUCCUAUUUGUUGCAGUGUCCUGACGUGAAACAGAUCAUUUUACAACCAGACCCUAAAGGUGAGGACAGGCCAGAGGAGGUUGUGGAGGCUAGUCACCCGGAGGAAGCAGAGUACAUCAUUAUCGGUGGAGAAGGAAAUUGUAGUUAUAUCUGACAAUACUAUUAACACUGUGAUCAUGUUGACAGUGCUCUGUUGUGUGAACUGCACUUUUUCGACCUGUGUUUACUGUCCCUUCUCUGUUUGAAUAUGUGCUUUUAUGUAUGCACAGAGCCGCAACCAACAUUUCCCAACAGGGAUAAACCAGUAAUUAGCUUAUCUAUCUUAUCUUAUGUUAAAGCUGACUUUAAAUGAAAACUAACUUGAAUGUUAAAACGCAUGUUGUUCUGAUACUUCCCACUAAACUACGUUGUCAUUGUCAACAAAUGCUCCAAAACCGUCACUUGACUCUCACUGUUUCUGCAGGUGGCCUGUCCCUAGAAGAUGAUUUCCAGGCCAUGGACGAGAGCCAGUCAGAGGCGUACCACAGCUCCACAGCAGAGCCCGAGGAAGAAGACACCAGCCAAGACUUCAGCGUGGAGCUGGAGAUGUGGGUCAAGUCUGAGCCGGGGUCAGAGGGCGACACCGUCAGCUUCACCCCCAGUGUCGCAGAAAACAAGAUGGUCGACCUCCUCACGGGCAGGGAAAUGCACGCCUGUUCAUACUGCAACAAACGCUUCAACUACCGUAGCCAGGUGAUAAUCCACGAGCGGGUUCACACGAGGGAGAGGCCGUUCGUCUGCAAACAGUGCGGCAAGGGUUUCUCCCAGAUUAACAACCUCAAGAAGCACCAGCUCUGUCACAGGGGAGGGGAAUCACGAGUGCGGGGAGUGUGGCAAGGCGUUCUGCCACGCCCAGAGCCUGAAGAAUCACAUGGUGGCAGCUCACGGCUUCGGCACGAGGUUGGACUGCGAGACGUGCAGCAAGACGUUUCACAAUAAGAAAGCUCUCAUCGCACACUCCACCAGUCACCGCAGGGCUUUCGGCUGCGAGAUAUGCGGGAAGGCUUUCGGUACGAAACAAACUCUUAAGACCCACCAGUUUACUCACACGGGGGAGCGUCCGUUCAUCUGCAACUACUGCGUCAAGAGCUUUGCCUACCUCUGUAACCUUAAAACUCACAAGAGGGUGCACACUGGGGAGAAGCCCUUUGGCUGUGAGCGGUGUGGCAAGUGUUUCACUCAGAAACACUGCCUGGAGAAACACUUGUGUAAAGAUUAAAAAGCUGUAGAUAUACAGAGUAACUGCAGCAAACUACCGUCUAUGUUUACUUGUUGGCACCAAAUGUUCCAUGGCCGUAACAUUCUAAUCUGCGUUCUGACUAGAAUGUUGUGGUCUUGUAGUCUGGGUACCCCUCUGAUUAGCUAACGUUCCACUCCUUGUGCUAUGGGCCAUAGAGACUGGCCUUUCUUCAAUCUCAGCGUUUAAUAUGCAGCUGGAUUUUGCGAGGAGUUACUGAUUUGUUGUUGGAAAUAAGGUUAUUGUUUGGCAAUGGCACAGAGUACAAGGAGUGGUAUGUUAGCUAAACAGACUGGUAGCCAUGCUAGUGGUCUUGUGCUAUCAUGGGGGAAUUCUAAACCUAAAACCAAGUUUGUUGAACUCUGCAAAUUCUAUUGCUUUGUUGAGGAGACUUAAGUGUCUCGAGUAAAGCGUCUACAUGUGUGUGGGACAGAUUGACCUGUGCAUACAUUUAUUGUUUUUUCUUAUAUCACAUUGUUAUUUUAGGUAAUUUGAUCAAUGUUUAGUUUAAUUUUAGCUGACAUUUUAAUUUGCACGAUUACGAAGUACAUUGACUGUUACUACUACAACUUCUAUCAUUACUGUGGCGGUAACAAUAGUGUGAGGGGAUUGACACAAAGCCAAAUCACCCCUUCACAUUCUGAUUGAACAGAAAUAGAUCUCCCCCUGUUGAGUUAGGUUUCUCUCAAAGUUUAUUGGUCGUCACUAGCUUCCACAGCUACAAACCCGCCAGUUUCUACAAUUUCUCUUCUUACAUUUUGAUUUUAAACCUAACCACACUGCUAUUCUUAUGCCUAACCCUAACCUUAACAUGAAGAGCAAAAAUGAAAAUACUUACAUUUUUACGAUAGAGCCCGUUUUGACUUUGUGGCUAGUGAAUACAAAGUUUAUUCUGAUCAAGGUCGUUUUCUCUACUGACCCUUUUUACUGUACUACAAAUAUUAGCCUACAUAUUUUAUUUGUUUGUUUUAACAAAUGUAAUUUCGACAAAGCAGCUGGUAUUCACUGUGUACAUUAUCUCCAAUCCAUGCUUCUAUGUUGUAAUGAUAAAAUAUUGUAUUCUGUCCUGAGUCUGUCCACAUAUAUAGCAUAACAUAUACUGUUGUAUUUCAUUGAGAAAACAAUUCUUGACAAUACGUAUUUCACUUGGUCUGGGUAUUAAGUAUUGCUAGAAGAACUUUUUAUUUCUUUCACUUUCAUCUUAAAGCGGCAAUCAGCAGUUGAAACAAUAACAAAGUGUCCUAGCCACCCCUGUUCUUGGUAACAAAGCAUAAGGAGGGGGCUGAAGUAAUGUACCAACUCUCAAAUACAUAGACAGAGCUAUGGAUGCAAGGACUGACCAACCAUGAUAUCAAAAUUAUAGUUUUAACCAUGUUU